AUGGCUUACUGUCUUAGAUUUCUUAUUCGAUUAUAUUUGAGCUGGAAACAGAAAGAUCGCCAGAACAAAGAUACAUGGUUUAACGAGUUUUCGUUUCUGCAAAUUGAAAUCUUCGACCAGAUUAAGAGUCCCAUUCUCUGUUUAAAAGAAAUUAAACAAGCAAAAUUGUAUUGGGUUGCUGUUCAUCAGCGUCAUUAUUUUGUUACCGAAAUUGACAUCUUGUUGGCUAAUACGACAUUACCUUUGGAGCAACAAAAACCAUUACCACUGUUGAGUAAACUCGUAAAACUGUCUCCCUUUUUAGAUGAAGGGCUGAUAAGAGUUGGCGAAAGGUUGAAAAAUUUGGAAUUAAAAUUUAGUAACAAACACCCUUUAGUAUUGCUUUCAGACGAACUCCUAACUACUAUUAUCAUCCAUGCUACCCAUCUUAGAUGUCUUCACGGCAGUCCCAGAAUCACAUUGGUAAAUACUCGUCAGGAGUUUUGGAUCGUAGGAGGUCUUCAAACAGUCAACUCAGUGACAUCUCGUUCCGUAACUUGUAUCAACUACGCUGGACCCGUUAAAAAUCGUCUUACCAAGACCCGAGGUAAAAUAACCACUAAUGGUUGGAUCGCUGUGUUUAUUUGUUUGUGCACCCGUACUGUUCAUUUGGAAAUUGUCAAAGAUUAUUCCACAGAAGCGUUCAUUACCGUUUUCACUCAAUUUACGUCUCGCCGUGGUGCUUAUUCGGAACUUUACAGUGACCAAGCCACUAACUUUAUCAGAGCUGAGAAAGAGCUAGCUCAAAUGUUGAAUAAAUUUAGUCAAUCCUAUCCUAAGUCCAAACUGGCUGAAAUGAACACUACUUGGCACUACAACCCUCUAGCUGCCCCCCACUUUGGUCCUACUCGGGUACAGGCGUGGUCACGUGAUUUUCAGAACUUCUUGGCUGAGGCCUUUUCAUCGGAACUUCGUGUGACAAUGGAGCGUGUGACAGAGAACGUCGUCACCGCCGAUCACCCGCCCUAUAGUUCACUGACGAACUCAAAGACCGUUUUAAGCACCAUGAUCGGCUCUAUAAGAGGGCUAGAUGUACAGGUAGUGAGGAUAUUUUCAAAGAAUAUUGGAUUGCUCGUAGAGAUCUAA